AUGACCAGCUUCAUGUCCCUGAGCUUGCUCGUUCUGGCCUCUUUGUCCGCUUUCUGCACAUCCCAGCCAAACCCAUCUAAUGGCAGCUACGACAUGUUUUGGGGAACUUCAAGCUACUAUGCUCAUGGGCUUGACGAAGCUACUCGGAACGCUUGGCUUGAUGGACUCCAGCGGGACGGAGCACGCAUCAUCAGGAUAUGGAUCAACGGCAUCUCACCAGGAACUUAUAAAGGCACGAACAUCACGGUAACCAUUCCCAACCUCGAAGAGACCGUGGGCAUCUUCAACGACACCGUUCUUGAUGCGAUUGAUGAUCUCUUCAUGGAAGGCCACCGUCGUGGUAUCAAAUUCAUCGUCUCUGUACAUGAUGGCAACGCAUUCGGGCAGAAUUCUUGUGACGCCUAUUGUACCGAAUUUGGAGGGUUUGGUCCUGCCUCUGGGACGCCGAUUACUCUCGGAAACUCGUUCUAUACAGAUCCCACAGCAGUGGCCGCCUUUGACAACCGAAUUGCCCACAUCAUGAAUUAUCAGUCCCCCAAUUUUGGAAAACCCUGGGCACAGCUCACGGAGGCAAUCGCUGCGUUCGAUAUUGAAAACGAGCCGAUGAUCCAGGCUAUCACGCAGCUUGACACCGUUGGUCCAGCAUGGUUUUGCGAUCGAGCGAGGCAAUUCAAAAAGUACAUCGGCUCCGCUGCCAUUGCUGUAUCAACCGGAGGUGCUGGUGGUAGUGGAAAUAUAUACCAGAACUGGAACUGGAGACCGUGGCUGUUUACCUGUCCUGAAAUCGACUGGAUCGCUCUCCACGGAUACGACGGCGACUGGACUCAGUGGGUGCCAAAUGCCACCGCCCUCGCUGCCCAAUACAACAAAAAACUAUUUGUAGAAGAAUGGGGAGUGGUUGCCUCUGCGCGAGCAAACAAUCUUGCUUGGAAUUUCGAGGAAUUUGUGGAACUCGGUCUCAGCUGGGUAUACUGGGAGCUGGUUCCCGGCCCGAUCAAAAGCUGCUUUUGUGGUUCUGAUCGCGGCAAUGCCGUGCAGCUUGAUGGCCCAGACUAUGCCGGCUUUCAAGCUAUUGCAAAGCGCACAUUAACAGCAAAGUCUGCAUAUGACUUCUCGGCUUAUCUGGCUUUGUAA